GGAUCGCCGCUUUCGGGGCAAAUCGGCUUCGUGUGUGACGUCACGGGCGUGUGCGCGAUGCUGCUCCGAGUUCCGGGUGUGUUCCUCAGGAUCCUAGGAGGAUCUGCAGUUCCUUCUGGAGCUCGUGUUUCUCCCCGAUGUACCUGAGGUUGUUCUCCAGACUCUCCUCAGUGAUGGCAGGGCCGAGGCCAGUGGUGUUCAGUGGGCCCUCGGGUGCUGGGAAAAGCACACUACUCAAAAAGCUGCUGGGAGAAUUUGACGGCGUCUUCGGCUUCAGCGUGUCUCAUACAACACGGAAACCUCGUCCUGGAGAGCAGAAUGGAAAAGAUUAUCAUUACGUGAAAAGGGAGGACAUGCAGGCGGGAAUUGCUAACGGAGAUUUUAUCGAGAGUGCAGAGUUCUCAGGGAACAUGUAUGGAACCAGUAAAGCUGCAGUUCAGGCCGUUCAAGCCCAAAAUCUGAUUUGCAUUUUGGACAUCGACAUGCAGGGUGUGAAGAGCAUCAAGAAAACCAACUUAAACCCCAUCUACAUCUCCAUCCAACCUCCAUCCAUGGAUGUGCUGGAGAAGAGGUUAAGGGCAAGAAAGACAGAGACGGAGGAGAGUUUACAGAAGAGGCUCCAGGCUGCACUCAUAGAAGUGGAGUUCAGUAAAGAGGCGGGUCAGUUUGACGUGGUGAUCGUUAACGAUAAUCUGGACGAAGCGUAUGAGAAACUAAAAGCUGCUCUGCUCCAGGAAAUAGAAAAUGUCAAGAACAGCAGUAAAGCCUGAAGGUGCAGCAUCUGAGGACCAGAGCUCAGAGAGGCAACAUUCCCCACACACACACACACACACACACACACACACACACUCCACACACACUCCUCUCCCUCACAAGCAGCUGAGGAACGUUCUCACAGAUUCAGCAGGGAAACUUUAUUUUAAUAAACAUCUUUUUUUUUAUUAA